UCGAUCAGGACAUCUACCGAUUUUUUUAGUUAUAUACAAAGGCCAAGGCUCUUCGGAAUCGUACAGAAACAGAGAAAGACUAAAAAUGGAGAUCUUGCUCUGCUUCUUCUUGGUUUUGCUUCUUACUCUUGUAUCAUCAAUCUUUCUUAAGAAGACUAAAAACUCAAAGUUCAAACUUCCUCCUAGCCCUUCAAGUCUUCCAAUCAUUGGAAACUUACACCAUCUUGCAGGAUUACCUCACAGAUGUUUUCAUAACCUCUCCAUCAAGUACGGACCAGUGAUGCUUCUCCGUCUCGGGUCUGUUCCUGUGGUUUUGAUCUCAUCGAGUGAAGCAGCUGAAGCAGUCCUCAAAACUCAUGAUUUGGAAUGUUGCAGCCGACCAAAGACUGUAGGGACCGGAAAGCUCUCUUACGGUUUCAAAGACAUAACCUUCUCUCAAUACGGUGCGUAUUGGCGUGAAAUGCGAAAACUCGCGGUGAUUGAGCUUUUCAGCCUUAAGAAGGUUCAAUCAUUUAGGUGUAUAAGAGAGGAUGAAGUCGGAUUUGUGGUGAAGAAAGUGUCUGAAGCAGCUUUGACACAAUCUCCCGUAGAUUUAAGCAAAACCUUUUUCUCCCUCACCGCAAGCAUCAUUUGUAGAGUGGCUUUAGGACAGAACUUCCACGAGAGCGCCUUCUUUAUCGAUCAAGAAAAGAUUGAAGAGCUUGUUACCGAAGCAGUGGACGCUCUAGGGGCUUUCACUUUCUCUGACUUCUUCCCUGGUGUGCUUGGGAGAUUCUUAGACUUGUUGUUUCAAAGACACAAGAGGAUCAACAAAGUGUUUGGGGAGCUUGAUGCUUUUUAUCAGCAUGUGAUUGGUGAUCACUUGAAGCCAGAAGGAAGGAAAGAUCCUGAUAUUGUUUCCAUGAUGUUGGAUAUGAUCGAUGAACAAGGAAGUGAAGAUUCUUUCAAACUCAAUAUGAAUAAUGUCAAGGCAAUCCUCAUGGAUGUAUUUCUCGCGGGGAUAGAUACAAGCGCUGUAACAAUGAUUUGGGCAAUGGCAGAACUCGUUAACAACCCUAGAGUAAUGAAGAAAGCUCAGGAAAAUAUUCGAACCACCCUUGGAGUCAAUAGGGAAAGAAUCACUGAAGAUGAUCUAGGCAAAGUUGAUUACUUGAAGCUCAUAAUCAAGGAAACAUUUAGACUACAUCCGGCACUUCCGUUUAUAAUCCCAAGAGAAACAAUGUCCCAUGUCAAGAUCCAAGGCUAUGAUAUUCCCGCGAAAACGCAAAUUCAAAUUAACGUAUGGACCAUAGGACGUGACCCCGAGCGCUGGACCGACCCUGAUGAUUUCAAACCUGAACGAUUUACCGAUAGUUCUGUAGAUUUCAGAGGACAACAUUUUGAUCUGUUACCAUUUGGUUCUGGUCGAAGGAUGUGUCCCGCGAUGCCAAUGGGGGUUGCUAACGUGGAGCUAACAUUGAUGAAUUUGCUUUACUUUUUCGAUUGGGGAUUGCCUGAUGGGAUGAAAGUUGGAGAGCUUGAUAUGGAAGAAGCUGGGAAUAUCUCCAUUGUCAAGAAAGUACCUCUUCAACUUGUUCCUGUUAGACGUUAUUGAUGUGGAGUACUCCAAAAAAGUGUGAUACGAUGGAAAGUUUUUUUUUCUCCUUUUUUUCGGUAAGAAUGUUAAGAAUACUACGAAAAGUUCAUGAUAAGGACCCGUAAGACUUUUUUACCGAUUGUACUUUUUUUUCUUUAAACUUUUUGUACAGAUUGUUGCGUUAUAAAAAUUGAUGUUUGGUCAAUAAUAUAUCCAGGUGUUCCAAAGAAAAAAUCAAUAAUGUAUCAAGAAAUAAUAAAGUUUGUUCGUCUGA